AUGUCAACUAUUGCAGACUCAAAAAUUUCUGAAUUAAUAGAACAAUCAAGAGUGCUAACAGAACCCAAUGAAUACAAAUUGAAAUUUUGGAUAAAAACAACAGAAAAGUUACUUGUUGAGGCAUCCUUGGAAUCAGACAACUACGAAAAUGCAUACAAAAACGGAUUGAAAAUAGGCUCAAUAAUAAUUGAAAAAUUGCCUAAACAUAAAGACUAUAAGGAAUUAAUCGAGAGCAAAAAAGAUCCAGCACUUAGUAAAACUUAUCAUGAGUUAAAAAAAAAACUUCCCAGUGUUCUUGCUAAUACUGAACAAAUAGCACUCAAAAUACAUAAUAAACAAGAUCAUUUGAAUAAAUAUAAGAUCACUGAUGUGUCACCAAACAAAAUCACCGAGCCUUCCACUUCAUCAAAUGCAUUAACUUCAAGUCAAAAUAUCAAUCAAAGCUUGGCUGAAAAAAAAAAUAUUGGAGAGAUAACAUCAUCUACAUCAUCUUCUAAUAUAAUUGACGAGAUUCCACUUUUAUCAGUACCCGAUGAUGCUCAAAAAAUUUUGUUGCUUGAUGUUAGACACAGGAAUGAUUUUGAUCAAGACAUAGAAUCUAAACUAUUAAUUUCUCCAAAAAAAGAAUUGGAUCUUUUCAAAAAGCGUGAUGAUUUUGAUUUAAUUGUCUUAUAUGAUCAAGAUUCUGUUACUAUAUCUAUAACUGUCCAAAACAACCCUCUAAACAAUUUGAUAAAUGCAAUAUAUGAAACUGAAUAUGCAAAGGAGUUGAAACAAUCACCUUUGUUACUAUAUGGUGGUUUUGAUGCCUGGAAACAUUUGUAUGGUGAGAUAGGCAUUGAAUGUACUGUUGAUGAAGAAAAUCAAGAUAAUCGACUUGAGAAAUAUGAUGGUAGCUCUGUUAACAAUGACUUUUCUGGAAAUGGUCAAAACCAUACACCAAGAACUAGAAUAAUUAAUCAUGAUAAAUCUAAAAGAAAAGGGGUUUUCAUUUCAGACAAUAAUUUAUCUUUGGCAGAGCAUUUUCAACAACCUGGAGGUAUUUAUAAAGAAUCAAUGGUCGGAGCUGAACAUCAAACAACUCACGACUCAAAUAAUACUAUUAAUUCACCAGCCAAACCAUCAAAACAUAAAUUACCUGAAAAUAAAUCAACAGACUCACAAAAAGAACCUUCAACUAUUCGGGGAGCUAGUAGUUUGAAACGACGUCAAACCAUUUUUGAUCAUCCUUAUAAUGGUUUUACUACGAUUAAGAAUCCAAAUUAUCCAUCGCCAAAUUCACAAAGAAAACUAAAUCCUACUACAAACACUACAAAACCACCCUUGCCAAAUAAACCAUUACCACCAACAGAAAGUUCAUUUUCACAGUUGGGUUCAGAUGUUGGAAUUUCUGGAUUAAAAAACCUUGGCAAUACUUGUUUCAUGAAUUCGAUCAUUCAAUGUUUAAGCGGCACUAUUCCAUUUGCUCGUUAUUUUUUAGAUGGAAGCUACAAAUAUCAUAUUAACAAAGUUAAUCCUUUAGGCACAAAAGGUGCUUUGGCUGAUGCAUUUGCAACUUUAAUUAGGGUGUUAUGGAAUGGUCAAUAUCCAAUUGUUUCUCCUGUAACAUUUAAACAGGCUAUUGGAAAAUUUGCACCUCAUUUUUCAGGAACUGAUCAACAAGAUUCUCAAGAAUUCCUUGCAUAUUUAUUAGACGGGCUGCAUGAAGAUUUGAACAUUGUGAAAGCUAAGCCCAAUAUCAGAGCAUUAACAAGGAAGGAAGAAGAAAGCAUGGAAGAUCUUCCGAUUCAAAUUGCAUCAGUACUAGAAUGGGAUAGAUACAUGAUGCGUAAUUCAUCCAUUGUGGUUAGUUUAUUCCAAGGACAAUUUAGAAAUCAACUGAAAUGCUUAUCUUGUAAAAAGACUUCUACAACCUAUAAUACAUUUAUGUAUUUAUCACUGCCAAUUCCUAAAACCAAAAAAAAAAAUAGUGUUGAUUUAUUACAAUGUUUGAAUGCUUUCGUUAAAGAAGAAAUUUUAGAGAAAGAAAAUGCAUGGAAUUGUCCCAGAUGUAAAUGUUUUCAACGUGCAACAAAGCGUCUUUCAAUUUCAAGAUUACCUGAUGUUCUUUUAAUACAUCUCAAGAGAUUUUCAUUUAAAGGACCAUUCAGAGAUAAAGUGGAAACCUUGGUUAAUUUUCCAUUAAAAAAACUAGAUUUAACAAGUUAUGUACCACCUCCAAUACCACAACCUGUCAACAUUCCCGGUAAAAACACAUCAGAAUCUUCCAACACAGAUGAUGAAUCAAUAAAUUCUUUGCAACAGGUUGGACCUUUUAUAUACGAUUUAUAUGCAGUAUCAAAUCAUUUUGGUGGAUUGAAUGGUGGACAUUAUACAGCAUGUGUACGAAAUGGAUUUAAAAAUGAAUGGUAUAACUUUGAUGAUAGUCGUGUGUCAAAUUGUAAUGAAGGAUCUGUUAAGUCUCGUGCUGCAUAUAAUUUAUUCUAUGUCAGGAAUUAA